GAGACGAUUUAAUCUUCAAGAGGAGAAAACGACGACGACAUCAUCAUCAUCAUCAUCAUUACAGACUGAGCAGACAGGUCGGCCGGCCAGACCUCAUCAUGCCUUUUGGAAACACACACAACAAGCUGAAGAUGAACUAUUCGGCGGAGCAGGAGUUUCCUGACCUCAGCCAGCACAACAACCACAUGGCUAAGGUUCUCACACCUGAAAUGUACGCCAACCUGAGAGACAAGGAGACUUCCAGCGGAUUCACCCUGGAUGAUGCCAUCCAGACCGGUGUUGACAACCCAGGUCACCCGUUCAUCAUGACUGUAGGCUGCGUCGCUGGGGACGAGGAGACAUAUGAGGUUUUCAAGGACCUGAUGGACCCCGUGAUUGAAGACCGCCACGGAGGAUACAAGCCAUCGGACAACCACAAGACGGACCUGAACCCUGAAAACCUGCAGGGCGGAGAUGAUCUGGAUCCAAACUACGUCCUGAGCUCUCGGGUUCGGACGGGGCGGAGCAUCCGUGGCUUCUGUUUGCCGCCGCACUGCAGUCGCGGAGAGCGCCGUGCCAUCGAGAACCUCUCCGUCCAAAGUCUGGACGUCCUGGACGGUGAGUUGAAGGGGACGUACUACGCUCUGAAGGACAUGACGGAGGACGAGCAGCAGCAGCUGAUCGAUGACCACUUCCUGUUUGAUAAGCCUGUGUCUCCUCUGCUGCUGGCGUCCGGCAUGGCCCGCGACUGGCCCGACGGUCGCGGGAUCUGGCACAACGACAACAAGACUUUCCUGGUUUGGGUGAACGAGGAGGAUCAUCUGAGGGUCAUCAGCAUGCAGAGGGGCGGGGACAUGAAGGAGGUGUUCACCCGCUUCUGCAAUGGACUCACCCAGAUCGAGGCCUUGUUUAAAGAGCGGGGUCACGAGUUCAUGUGGAACGAACACCUGGGCUACAUCCUCACCUGUCCGUCCAACCUGGGGACGGGACUCAGAGCCGGAGUCCACGUCAAACUUCCAAACCUCGGCAAGCACGAGAAGUUUGGAGACGUCCUGAAGAGACUGAGGCUGCAGAAACGUGGCACAGGUGGCGUGGACACAGCGGCGGUGGGCGGAGUCUUUGACAUCUCCAAUGCCGAUCGUUUGGGUUUCUCUGAGGUGGAGCUGGUGCAGAUGGUGGUGGACGGUGUCCACCUGCUGGUGGACAUGGAGAAGUGUCUGGAGGCUGGAGACAUCAUCGAUGAUCUGAUCCCUGAGCAGAAGUGACCUCUGACCAGGCCCCUCGGCCCCACCCCCACACACCCUAACCGAUCAAAGCGUCCUGAAGGACGUGUAGAGUUGACGUCUUCCAGCAACUGAGUGGGUCCUUUAUUUAGCCCCGCCCACACCACAUGAAUAGACCCCACUCACUUUCCCACAGUGCAUCAGGAGGCCGAGUAGAACACAUAUCCCAUCAUGCACUGCUGCGACAGGCGAGCGCGUUUUGUGUCAGUUUGUCCAGCAGGGGGCACAUGUGCAGUGUUUCAUCUUUAAUG